UGUGGUCAUGGUCUAAUAUCUAUUAAGGCUUUUAAUUGACAUUUACUAAUUUUUUUCUUCUUUUAAAAUAGAGUCAAAUUCUAUAAAUUACUACAUAGUAAAUUAGUUAUUUUAAUCAAAUUACACAACUUUAGAAUAUAACAGAAUUUAAUGAAAUGAGAUAUCGUUUUAUUAAUAUCAUAAGUUAAUAAUAAUAAUUAUUAUUUUUUCAAAAAAAAAUUGUUUUAUAUAAAAUUUAUACAUAGAAGUAGAAUAUAAUUAUAUUUUCUUUCAAAUGGUUUUUUUUCCUAUUUUUAUCAUUAUUAUUAACAUAUUAUUUAUAGAAAUGUAUUUAUAAUGCAUCUACACACUAAUAUACAUAUUUUAGUAAAUUAAAAACAAUAAAUAAUUUUAAAAUGGAUGAAAAUAAAAUUUAUAAAUAAGCAGUAUAUUUUACUUUUUACUCCAUAAAUUGUUAGUGUUUUUACUGUAAAUGUUUUUCUCUAAACGACGCCGUUUCGAACCUCCUCCCUUGCUUCAUCACCAUCCACCACACACGAUCAAUCGAGGAGAGGGAGAGAGAGAGAGAACCGGUGGAUUAUCACUAAUCCAUGGCGGCUCCGUCGCCGUCUCCACCACCAAACCUCCUCUCUCCUCCCCACUUCCGACCCGAAAAAGCCUACUUCUUCCUCAGAACAUGCUCAAACUUCCCCCAACUCAAACAAAUCCACGCCAAAAUCAUCCGCCACGACCUCGCCAACGACCAGCUCCUCGCUCGACACCUCAUCACCCUCUCUUCUUCCUUCGGAGAAACCCGAUACGCUUCUCUCGUCUUCCGUCAGCUCCACUCUCCCUCUACGUUCACUUGGAACCUCAUGAUAAGAUCUCUCUCCGUUAACAACAAGCCUCGCGAAGCUCUCCUCCUUUUCGUCCUCAUGCUCACAAUCCAUUCGCAGUUCGAUAAAUUCACGUUCCCUUUCGUCAUCAAAGCUUGCCUCGCUGAUUCGUCUCCUCGUUUAGGCACACAAGUCCAUGGUUUAGCUAUCACAACCGGUUUGUUCUCGGAUGUCUUCUUACAGAACACUCUCAUGGAUCUUUACUUUAAAUGUGGGAGACCAGAUUGUGGUCGCAAGGUGUUCGAUGAAAUGCCUGGUAGAAACAUUGUCUCGUGGACGACUAUGCUCAACGGUCUUGUCUCUAAUGAUAGAUUAGAUGAUGCUGAGAUCGUGUUCGGGCAAAUGCCUACGAGGAACGUUGUCUCGUGGACCGCGAUGAUCGCUGCUUACGUUAAGAACCGUAGACCCGACGAGGCGUUUCAGCUUUUCAGGAGGAUGCAGGUGGAUGACGUGGAGCCUAACGAGUUUACGUUAGUUAGUAUGUUGCAAGCUUCGACUCAGCUAGGGAGCUUGUCUAUGGGGAGAUGGGUUCAUGACUACGCUCACAAGAAUGGGUUCUUGCUUGAUUGUUUCCUUGGGACUGCUUUGAUUGAUAUGUAUAGUAAAUGUGGGAGCUUGGAGGAUGCGAGGAGAGUCUUUGAUGUGAUGGAGAGUAAGAGUUUAGCGACUUGGAACUCGAUGAUCACUAGCUUGGGGGUUCAUGGUUUGGGGGACGAGGCUUUGUCUCUGUUUGGGGAGAUGGAAGGUGAAGAAGGGGUGGAGCCGGAUGCUAUCAGUUUUGUUGGUGUCUUGUCUGCUUGUGCAAACACUGGGAAUGUGAAAGAAGGGUUGAGGUACUUCUUACGCAUGAUCUAUGUUUAUGGUAUCACACCUAUUGAAGAACAUAAUGCUUGUAUGAUCCAACUGUUGGAGAAAGCCUUGGAAGUGAACAGAGUUUCGAGCUAUGUUGAUUCUAUGGAUUCUGAUUCAAACAUCAGCACUUCAUUUGAAGUUGAAAGCACGGAUAGAGCGAACGAAAGGCACGAAAGUUGGAACCAGCAUCAAAUUACGUUCUCCAAGUGGGAUGCAAGCUGAUUUUGAAGGUUAAGUGUCUCGUGUCAUAUAUUUUUUUUCCUCUUUUAAACAGAUUCAUAUGCAAUCUUUGUAACUAUACAAGUAUAGUUCAUGUCUUAGCUCUCCUGUUUACUUGAAAAUGUUCCAUAAUUGUAGAAGGUAGAAAAAUGAAAAGUGUUAUCGUCUUAAUAUAGACAUGUUAUUAUUA